UAUCCUGCCUAGUGUGUUGUGGUGCACCCUUAUAAGCUGGCCUCAUUAUCAACUGAUUUCAGUUCAAAGCUUUCCAUAUUGCUGCAAAAGAGCGGAGGGGAAGACAUUUCCAUUUUGGCUUCACAGAGGACAAUUGGACAGAAUGGCUUGAUUGCUCAUUCUCAGCCUUACUUUUCAAUUGAGCCCAUGUAUUGACUUUAGCUCUGAUUUAUGUUUUCAUAUAGUGUUCUCAUCACGCCCUUGGAGAUGGCUAUCGAUUUCUUCAUGCACGACUUCGAAAUUGCAGGUUUGAUCAGCAUGUGUCGUUUAUUACUUUAUGGGCCAAUUUUACUGGGUAUUAUGGAACUAAUGUUAAGUCUGGGUAUGGACUCUGGAUGUCCAGAGCCUCCUAGAGUGACAAGCUUGAAGAAUGUGGAGCCCAACCCUCCGUUCGAGGAAUUUGGAGAAGAUGAGUAUUUUAUAGCAGACAGUCGAGGUUAUGAAUGCAUUGUUCAUGGGAUAGCCCACGAAUUUCUUCAUUCUGCUAACGGAUCCAUUUCAGACCCACGUCUGAAGCUCAACAAGGUUUUUAGAGAAAUCGAAUACAGAAACAAGGGUGUGAAGGUUUCAACAGAGGAUAGUUCAGUUUAUACCGCAAAGAACGCCAUUGUAUCAGUCAGUGUGGGGGUUCUUGAAACAAAACUCAUCGACUUUAAACCUGACUUGCCUGUGGGUAUAUUUGUUUGUUUCACUUUCCAACAAGGUAUAUUAGCUUCUGGAAAAACACAUGCACCAGUUGGGGCAGUGUAUUUCACUGGAGAGCAUACCAGUCAGGAAUAUAAUGGCUAUGUCCAUGGUGCCUAUCUUGCAGAAUAUAAUGUGGAACAGGAGAAUGCAGAUGGAGAUGGAGAUGGAAAGGACAGCAUGGAUGGAUAA